AAAAAAAUUGUAAACACCACUUGGUCUUUCAAGAAAGAUCAGUUUAAACUACGGUAUUAGUUUGAACUCUCAUUCGCACAUAGACAGACAGCCGUAAUAUGGAGAGAGACUUGGAAUUUGUAAUAGACGAAUUGAUGAUCAAUUCAGGGAACGCGGUGGAAAGUGUAACGGAGACACUUAACUCAAUAUCAAGUGAGAUAAAAAGAUUGUUGCAGAUGCUAAAGGAUUUUGGUGCCAAAGUGUUAGUGACGCUAAAGAAUGUUGGUGGCCAAGUGUUACUGACGCUGAAGAAUAUUGGAGGAGAAAUGGUGGUGACAAUGAAGAAUAUUGGUGGUGGAUUUGCUAGUUGGUUUAAUAGGGUGUUUCCGCCGGAAACUAGAACCGAAAAGAUCAAAGAAUGGUGUAAGUUUGCUUUAUGCUUCAUAGGGAUUCUAGUUAUUCUUUAUGUAAGCUUUUAUGUUGGAAAAGUAGGGGCGGAAAUAAUGAAGAAUAUUUUUGGUAAUGGAUUUCCUAGUUGGUUUACUACGGUGUUUCCGCCGGGAACUAGGGUUCAAAUGAUCAAAGAAUGGUGUCAGGUUGCUUUAUACAUCAUAAAGUUUCUGCUGCGUUCGACUGAACAAGAUGAUGAAAGCUUUCGUGUUGGAAAAAUGGUGGCGACAGUAAAGAAUUUUGGUGAUGGAUUUGCUGACGUGUUUCCGCCGCCGGGAACUAAACUCCAUAAGAUCAAAGAAUGGUGUCAGGUUGCUUCACCUUUCAUUGGUUUGCUGCUGCGGUGGCUUCAAGAAGAUGCUGAAACCUAUUAUCAGGGAGUGAAAUCGCAGCUGGAGCUGACUAAUUUAGAGGGUGAAAGCUCUAUGUAUGCGGCGGUGCUGGGACUGAUACUGCUACUGCCCAAUUAUCUGAAGGAAAAAAAUGAUAAAAUAAAGCCAGUGGCAGCAAAAGCACAAGGACCGGUGAUCGGAAUCGAUCUCGCCACUACAUACUCAUCCGUCGACGUGUUGCCAGGACCGAUGAUCGGAAUCGAUCUCGGAACUACAUACUCAUCCGUCGGCGUGUGGCAACACGACCAUGUUGAAAUCAUUGCCAAUGGUCAAGGUAACAGAAGGACGCCAUCCUACGUUAGUUUCACUGAUUUGGAGCGUCUCAUUGGUCAUGUCGCCGAAAAAGAAGUCGCUAGGAACCCUACCAAUACUGUCUUUGCUGCUAAAAGGUUGAUAGGUAGGAGAUUUAGUGAUGCCUCUGUGCAGAGUGACAUGAAGUUGUGGCCAUUCCAGGUUGGUGCUGUUGCUGGUGAUAAGCCGCCGAGGAUUGGAGUCUACUACAAGGGUGAGAAGAAACAGUUUACUGCUGAGGAGAUCUCAGCUAUGGUGCUCAUGAAGAUGAAAGAGAUUGCUGAAGCUUUCCUUGGCACAAGUGUUAGGAAUGCUGUGGUUACUGUUCCAGCCUACUUCAAUGACUCUCAGCGUCAGGCCACCAAGGAUGCUGGUGUUAUUGCAGGCCUGAAUGUGAUGCGUAUUAUCAAUGAACCUACAGCAGCUGCCCUUGCUUAUUAUGGUCUUGAUAACAAAGCUACGGGUGUUGCUGAGAAGAAUGUGCUAAUCUUUGAUCUUGGUGGUGGUACAUUGGAUGUCUCUAUUCUCACAAUUGUGGAAGGUAGUCUCUUUGUGGUGAAAGCUACUGCUGGAGACACCAGCCUUGGAGGCGAGGACUUCACCAAUAGGUUGGUUAACCAUUUUGUUCAGGAAUUCAAGAUAAAGAGCACAAAGGAUAUCACUAGUAAUCCUAUGGCGCUCCAAAGGUUGAGAACUGCAUGUGAGAGUGCAAAAAGGACUCUUUCAUCCUCUGCUCAGACCACCAUUGAAAUCGUCAAUCUAUACGAGGGUAUUGACCUUUCUUCCACCAUCACACGUACUAAGUUUGAAGAGCUUAACAUGGAUCUGUUUGCAAAGUGUGUGACAUCAGUUGAGCGCUGUUUGAGGGACGCUCGGAUGAUCCAGAUCUCGGUUCAUGAUGUCGUCCUGAUUGGUGGUUCCACUAAAAUCCCAAAGGUCCAACAACUUUUGCAGGACCUUUUCAAUGGAAAGGAGCUAUGCAAAAGCAUCAACCCUGAUGAGGCUGUUGCUUAUGGUGCUGUAGUGCAUGCUGCAAUUUUAAGUGGUGAGCGUAAGGUGCAGGACCUUUUGCCGUUGGAUGUUACUCCUCUUUCCCUUAGUGUGAGAUCUGAUACUUCUCAUAACAAUGCUGUAACGUCGAUUCCCAAAAACACCACUAUCCCAACAAGGAAUAAACACUUUACAAUCUACCCCCACACGAAAACGAUUCAGGUCUUUGAAGGUGAGAAAGUGAAGAUCACGGACAACAACUUGCUUGGCGAAUUCGAGCUCUCUGGCGUUCCUCCUAAAAGUCCUCAAAUCACAGCGCGCCUUCAAAUUGAUGCCAAUGGUAUCUUGAAUGUCUCUACUGAGGACACGACGAAUGGUAAGAAGAACAAGAUUACAGUCACCAAUAACAAGGGCAGACUCUCGAAGGAGGAGAUCGAGAAGAUGGUUCAGGAAGCAGAGAAGUACAAAUCUGAGGAUGAGGAACACAAGAGGAAGGUCAAGGCAAAGAAUGCUUUGGAGAACUACUCAAACAAUAUGAAGAAAGCUGUGAAAGAUUACAAGGAGACGAUUGAGGAUGCCACCGAGCAAAGCAACCAAUGGCUCAACGGCAACCACCUUGCUGGGGCUGAUCAAAUUGAGGGCAAACUGAAGGAGCUACAGAGCCUCUGCAACUCAAUGACUGCAAAAAUGUACCCUGGGGCAGGAGGCGACAUGUAAGUGGGUGUGCAUUAUUCGGAUUAAAUCGAAAAACCAAAUCGAAUUUUAAUUUGGAUUGGUUUUUUGGUUUGGUUUCCGAUUGAGAAAUUAAAAUUUUCAGUUUUUUGGUAUGGUUUCGGAUUUAGAAAAUUAAAAACCGAUAAACAGAAAAUUUAUGUAAUAUUAUAGUUUUAAACUACUCAGGCGGAUCCAACAUUUCAAAAGAAUGGGUGCACAAUUAUGAAGAGGUAAAUCUAGGAUUUACAUUUGACGGAUUUAACUAUAGUGUCUUACCAUGAACUCACUAUACUUUUGAAAUUAUAGGUUCAAAA